AUGAUGACAAGGGCUCGAAAAGAGUCAGCAUUCCACUUAUCGUUGUUAGUUUUAGUCCAAUGGAUUAGCUUAGCUGUUGUCAUUCUAAAUGCAACAGCGUUGUUUCUUUUAAGAGAUUCACAACACACUGGCCUAGUAAAUGUUCACUCAAGUCCAGCUGACUACAUGUUACUUAUCUUGGGCUCACUAUCUUUUGUCGGCUCUUCUAUUCUAUUACUACUUCAUUUACAUUUUCAUUUCCGGAUUAUGGAUGAUGGCUCUUUCACCCCACCGAGAGCACUAUCGGCAGCUGAGGUUAUUAUGUCAGUGAUUUCCAUAGCACUUUGGACUGUGGCCACAUCCCUCAUAUUAACCCAUUCACAAGAAGAGUCCUCACCGUGUCGGUUCACGAAUUCUCUUUAUACUAGAAACCAUAGUGAUAUCUGUGAACUGUUUGAUACGACGCUUAUGCUUGCAUUUGCAGCAGUUGGCAGUUGGGUUUUAGUCUUGUUAGCCACACUAUUUAUUUUAAUUCGUUCUCCUAUUCCACCUACUACUAUCUUUACUAUUGAAGCGCCUCCACAACGCUUCUCACAGCCAAUGUCUGUUUCACUUCCGGACGAAAUUUAUUCUCAGGCUCAGGAGCCGUCUACUAGACCAUAUUAUUUAGGUCAUCACGGCAAUAGGGUGAGACCAUUGAAUCAGAACGAUGCACCACCCAUCCUAGUGACAGUUGACAAAGAACGAUCUAAUACCACCGGAAGUAGUAGUUCAUCUACGGCUACAAGACAGACAAUCAUGAUGCUGGCAGAUCAGCAAGAGAAUCCUUCGCGCUAUUAUUACUAUCAACCUCAACGAAAUCUUGUAUUAUCGUCACCCUCUGUCAAUAAUACAUCCGCAGAAGAAUCAUCUUCUUCCUAUUAUUCUUCCAGGUGCCAAAUACCUCACGUAGAAAGCCAAAGAACAAUAUCCACCAUGGAUUCUAUUUUUACGGGGUAUCCACCAAUUCAGUUUGAUCUACCUAUUAUUCAACUGGGAGGUAUUUCCCAAAUGGAUAUCUCUUUUCUCAAAAAAAGAGACAGUUAA